UUCUAAAAUAAAUUAAAGGAACUACAAUAACCAAUAACCGUAGCCGUAAAAUCUAUCUCACUUCAAGGUAAUGCAUUCUGGGACAGAUGUUCUUUUAUCCGGCGCUUACACGGGUCCUUUAUGGCUUGUUAUUAAGAAGAGAACACCACUUCCCAUAAUGCAAAUUGACUUUUUCCUCAAAAUUGGCCCGUCUGCCGUGUCAUGAAAUGGGAAAAUGAGAGCGGCGAAAGGAGUAACAGACCAGAUAAAAUAGAAAAUAAGUUAACGAACGUAUUGACACAUCAUAUAUGCAACAUUACCGCAGUUGUAUUACGAUGGUUCGUUAUGACAUAGAAGUUGUACGGUGUUCUCUCUUGCUCAGUUUUUUAUGUUAGCUACAUGGACGUUGAACUAGCUGGCUAGCCACCUCCCUCACGAGCAACGCCGGGGUGUAUUCUUCGUUAGAAGGCUUGGUUCAUCCCCGUACUGCAGUAUGAUACAGUGGCAAAAAGGAGGGCCAGGACUCGGUUAUUGGAUUUGAACGUCUCCGCUGUACGAGAGCAGCGUCAGGUCACACUAUUUGUCAACAAUGUACAUUUCUUUGCAAGCUAUAAUUAGUGCCAUCUUCUAUGCAAGUUAGUCAGUUGCUAAUAUUAUGGUGCAGUACAGAAAUUGAUAACCAGUAACAUUUCCGUGCCCGUGGUCCAGUGCUGCUGGUGCAUUUCAUUAAGCCAUAAGGAAUCAUAACAGGCAGCAUGGAGCGAGCGAGCACCAUGGAGCGAGCAGGCAGCAUCCAGCUGGACAUCCCUGACUUCAGCAACUCUGUGCUAUCCCACCUGAACCAGCUGCGCAUUCAGGGGCGCCUGUGCGACAUAGUGGUGAAUGUGCAGGGCCAGAGCUUCCGUGCUCACAAGGUGGUGUUGGCUGCUAGCUCCCCUUACUUCCGAGACCACAUGUCGCUGAGCCAGAUGAGCACCGUCUCCCUGUCAGUCAUCCGCAACCCCUCCGUGUUUGAGCAACUCCUCUCCUUCUGCUACACUGGGAGGUUGUGCCUACAGCUGGCCGACAUCAUCAGCUACCUGACUGCCGCCAGCUUCCUGCAGAUGCAGCACAUCAUCGACCGCUGCACGCAGAUCCUGGAGGGCAUCCACCUGAAGAUCAGCCUGGCGGAUGUGGAGGAGGACCUGGGGGCCGGGGUGGGACCUCAGGGUCACAGAGGCGCAGGGAGCUUGGAGGCCAGAAGAGGAGGAGGUGUGGUGGGAACGUCAGGGGGCUUGCGCUCCCUCAGCCCACACCACAGCAGCCCCAGGGUUCUGGGCCCUCGAGGAAGCAACACUGGAGGGGCAAUGGAUAUCCGGGAGGUGGGGAGCCCAGCGGGGGAGUCAAUGAGUCCCCAGAUGGUGGAGCACAGCGGGCUAGGGCCGGAAGGGCUUGCCGGGGGGGUAGGCAGCAGGCUGGUGAAAGAGCCGAUUUUGCGUAUAAAUCGGGCCGGCCAGUGGUACGUGGAGGCCGAGUCCGAGAGGGGGAGCGGCGGCGAGGAAGGGGAGUCUGUACGGGUGGUGGACGGGUUAAGGAUAAAGACUGAGAGGGUGGAGGAGUGGAUCGGGGCCGAUACCCAGGAGGAAGGCAGCGGGGCGGAAGAGGGAGCAGCCAUGAUGAUUGACACAUCUGGGAGGAGCUCUUUGGUCCAGGAGGGUUUUAUCACCGGGGCUAAGAGCUCUCAGCCCUCCAGCAGUUUUAGUGAGACAGAGAGGUUUAGUCCUACUGGCAGUGUGGUGGUGAUGGCCGAGAGACAGAGAGCCAAGAGUGAGUCACCCAGCAGAGCGGACGACCAGCGCCAUGCCAGCUCCCAGGGGGAGGAGCAGGCUGCGUUCGACAUGGGCGGCUACGAGGAUUACCUGCGUGAACAGGUGGGGGACCGCUGGUUCCGCUACAACCCCCGGCUCACCUGCAUCUACUGUUGUAAGUCGUUCAACCAGAAGGGCAGUCUGGACCGCCACAUGCGACUACACAUGGGCAUCACGCCUUUUGUUUGUCGCAUCUGCGGCAAGAAGUACACGCGCAAGGACCAGCUGGAGUAUCACAUCCGCAAACACACAGGAAACAAGCCCUUCCACUGCCACGUCUGUGGCAAAAGCUUCCCCUUCCAGGCCAUCCUCAACCAGCACUUCCGCAAGAACCACCCGGGCUGUGCCCCCCACGAGGUGACACACAGCGCCUCCCCAGAGACCACCACUGUCUCCUCCCGUGGGGGCCAGAACGAGGAAGGCUCGCCAAGCCAGGAGGAACCAGAGGGGGGUGGCAGCGGUGGUGGGGUUUCUUUUGGUGACGGCGUCCAGGCUUCGGUUUCCACCACUGGGCCUGAUUGACAGGGUAUAUGUUAGGCUUGCGUGUACACUCCUGCCAGGGAACGAAAGAUGAUAUCUUCAAGUUGCUUCAAAGUAAAGGAUAAAUAAGGGAGUAGGGGAUUUUCAGAGGUUUUCAAGUCCAUCCAGGGUGAGAUUUUUUAUAAGCAUUUUUCAAUUCCUUUCAACUAAACAGCAGGGACAGGAGAACGAUGCAAAAGAGUAGUUUGAUAGGGCACUUUGUAUUAUAUAGUUAUUUAUAAGUGAUAUUUCCGCUUUAAACCACAUCUACCUUCACAAUACAAACAUGAACAGAUAAAGCCAACACAUGAAGAAAUGCCACACACUCCAAUAACCUCAUUAAAACACUGAGUGCAGUGGGUUUUAUUUGACUGUUUUCCUAUGUUACAGUUUUAUACUUUUGUAUUACCGGUUUUACAGGUUCAGAAUGCAGAAAAACUAUUUGAACUGGUUACAAUUUGGUAAUGUAUUAAUAUUGCCAAAACACAGUGCCAGUGUAAUAUCUACAUACAUAUUUUCCUUUAUUUCUUUUUGCCUUAAGACAAUCUUGAGCAGUUGGGGGUCAGUGAUAGUUAAUCAGACCCCUCUUCGUAUAUGCUCAUUUUAAGUGCACAUAAAUAGUAGAUUUGGCUCAGUGGGGGGGGGGGGGG